GCCCCGCCCGCCGCCGGCUGCCUCCCGUCGCCGCAGCGCAGCGCAGCGGGCAGGGCAGCGCCCAUGGGCUGCGGCAACUCCACGGCCAGCGGAGCGGGAGGGAGAGGUGCCACAGGAACUACUAAAGAUGUAGCAGAAGAAUCCGUAUCAGAUGAGGACAAAAGGAGGAACUAUGGUGGUGUGUAUGUUGGCCUGCCGUCGGAUGCGGCUGCCAUGGUUUCCAGUCAGACGAAACCUGCACCGAAAGAUUAGAAGGAAAUAAACACAUCAGGAUCCAAACAGCUGGAGUCUUCUACUAAGACAGAUUGCCAGUGCUUUAAAGAGAGUGCUUUGUGCUGAAGAUUUUUAUAUUUAUGUAGCCUUCCGGAGAGCAAGAGAGAUCAGAACACCAAAAAUUCUAAACUGUUGCAAGUUCCAACUACGGGUAAAGCCUAAACUACAGUGUUGAAACCAGUUUCCUGUGAUGGUUGCAUUGUGGAAACCUGCUGUUCUCCAGUGAAAAAUGGAAUUAAUGAACUCAUGGUGGAUAUUUCUGCACAAGAGCUAACUUUGAUGAUCUGCAACUUAUUUCUCUGUGGCCAUACUGCAGAUUUCAUCAGCUGCGCUUCAUAUAUUUUCUCCAACAAUUUUUGAUAGAUUUUAUAUAGAAAACCAUUACUACUGUCCACUUAAUAGUUCCUAUGGUAGGUUCCUAUAAAUUAAUUGUUAAUUUACUUCAGAAUAAUAUAUUUGACAGUUUUGGAUCUUUUUGGUAAUAUUGCAAAUUUUAAUAUUUUUGCUGUGAAAACUUAAGAAUAAGAUGAAAUAACCAUAAGAUCAUUGGGUUCUUUAUAAUUAAUACUGUCACUUUUAUACAGUGAGACAAAUAUUAGUGUUUAAUUUUCACCUUUUAAGAAUAUAUCGCUCAAUGAAAUGUAUUUAAAUGAGAACAAUGUACUUCAUUGUAGUAUUUACAUAUCUGUUUUUAUUUUCUUCAGCUUUAUCUCUACUAUAAAGCAUUACAUGGAAAAAAAUACUAGUGAACGAAACUACUAUGUUAUGUCUUCCAUUCGGUGUAAUAUUAUGACAUUUCCUCACCUAAGGACAAAGUGUUAAUAUUUUCAAAGAUAGUGGGACUAAACUCCAGUGCUGCAUCCUCUUGAACUGAAGAGGAUUUUUGCUCACUAUUAGAGUUUUGUGUCCCUGACUCAUCUCUAAGCAUCUCCAGUAUGGCAAAUUGUAAAAGAAUAAGAGCUGUUAUUAUUACUUUAGCAAAUUGUUGUAUUAAAUAGCAGAUAGGGGGAUUUAAAUUUAAGUUUAUAGCAACUGUAGUUUUACCACAGAACAUAAAACAGAUUGUAUACUUCCAUAUGGCUGAAGAAGUACUUAAAUUAUUAAAGACUUCUGCAUAAUUCUUCAAACUUUUUUUUAAUAGGGCACAAUAUGCCAUAUUCUUUAAACAAACAAAUAAACAAAAAAAACCCCAACCCACACCACAUGAAUGUGUUACUGUAGAUUAUUGACCACUUCUAAAAUUAAAGGAAAAAAAUCAAAACAAUAAAUUCAGAUAUGAAGAAGUGAAAUGCUGUGAACCCUGAAAUUACUGCCCAUUUCACCAAUAACUAUUAAGACCAAUGAACAACUAUUGACUGUGAUUUCCACUGAUUUGCAGCUCUGGCUUUAAACUAAGUUUUGUU